AUGGGUGUGAGGUUACCGACUGCACUCCAAGCCGCGGGCGACGCGGAGCUUCCGCCGGAGGACGACGCGGUCGAGAUGGCGAGCGCCGUCCACGUGCUGGACAGCGUGGCGGAGGUGGGCCCGAACUACACCCUGCUGCGCAGCAAGGAGACGAAGGCGAUGCGGCGGAAGCGACAGCUCGAGGAUGCCAGGGCGGCGCUCGACGGCCACACUGUCCUGCCCACCGGAUCGCGCCUCGAGAUCUUCUGCGACAGCGAGCGGUGGUAUCCUGCGACCGUCAUGGCGCGGGAGGAGGACAGGGACGGACGGAUCGUGCACGAGGUCGAGUACGACGGCUACCCGGAUCGGCGGUGGUGGCACAUGCUGGACGACGAGCGGUGGCGCGCCGUCCCAGAGCAGGCCGGCGCGGGCGCAGGCGGGGAUGGGGAUGGGGAUGUGGCGAUGGACCGCGUGGACGGCGAGCAUGGCGCCCGUGCCGCGGGCGACGCCGAGGCGGCCGAGGUGCGGCCGGCGCCGCCUCCUGUGCGCCGGGGCGUGCGGCGCAGCGCGCUGGCGGACGCCCUCGAGGCGGAGGAUGACGAGCAGCAGGAGGCGGCGGCGCGUGGCGAUGAGCGGCCGAUGCUAGCGCCUUACGUGCCAAUAUUUGGGCGCCUAUUCGGCGCCCAAUGUGCUAAUAUUGGUGAUCCAGCGGCAAGACGUGCCACUGCACGGGGUGUGGGAAUAUCAUUUAGGGAAUAG